GAUGCGCUCCAAGAUCGACGAGAAACGUAUAUCGUGUAUGCAGUGAGGUAGAUUGUUCUACGUAAACUGAUAAAACUAGAAAAUCAUGUUGAUAACAGUAGUAGCUAUAGUUUAGUGAUAGACUAGAGAAUCAUGCAGUAGUUAUUACUUAGUUAAAACAAUGGUGCUUCUGAAGACAGCUACACCUAUCUGUGGCUUCACUGCUUUAUUCGCGGUAAUUAUGAGGUGUCCACAUGUUGCUCAAACCACGCCUGAAAAAGUGCCUAUAGGGGCCAUUUUUACUCCGGAAACAAGUCAUUUGGAGGCCGCUUUCACGUACACCUUACUUUCACAUAACAAAGGCUACUCACAGACAAAGUUUAAAGUGUACCCAGCAGUGGCGAGGGUUAACAAAAACGACCUUUUUGAGAUUUCAAGGAAAUUUUGCCAGGAGCUAAGCGAUGGAAUUUUUAUAUUCGUCGCACCAACAAGAGAACCACUCUACGAUACUCUAGCCUCCUACACCAACACUUUCCAAAUGCCAUUUCUAAGCCCUGCUUUCCCUGAACAAUCAGUUGAGCGUCCCUCUCAUUAUGGGGUCAGCAUGAGACCAAAUUAUCUUCGAGCUGUGAUGGACGUCAUUAAACACUACGAUUGGAAAUCGAUCAUUUACCUGUAUGACUCUGAUGACG